UGCCAGUGAUCGGAUGAAGCUCAAAAUUAUUCCGCGAGAUUUAUUGUCCACAGCCUGACAGUUUGGAGACUCGCAUGCGAUUCAUGUCUAGAAGGACUGAUUUGACUUUCACAAAAGGUUUAGUUAAAAUCGUCAUGUUACUGCAGCAGCUUGUUGUUAUCAGUACGGUGAUGCUUCUUUCCUCUGGUUUUGAUGCUUCAUCUUUAGGUGUUGCGUUAUGAUAUAAAUGUCGCUGGGUUGAGGCCUACAGUAUAUUUGAAGCAGAUGGUUUACGGUGUAAGAAGAUGAUGCGAUGUUAGAUCACCAAAUGUUCACCUUUGUGAAACAAUAGUCAUCAGUAUGUACUGGAAAUGUGCUGGGUAAAUCCAGUAACAGCUAAUGGGGUUGAAUUAAGCCCAUAAUUAAGAUCUAGCGUCUUUUGCCAGUUGGCCUGAACAGUUUGAUACGUAGUGGAUGCUGGAGAGGCCUGUCUUAUUUUCCACAAUAUCAGGGCUGAAAAUGUGACUUUUCUCAACAUAGGAAACAAGUUUUUCAGUUUAUCUAACUUACAUGGUGAAGUUAAAUGAAAGGGGAAAAUGGACCUACAGUAAGACAAAUGAAAGUUAAUAAAACACACUGAUUUUGAUUUAAAGGCCGGAAAAUGGAAUUAACUAUUUGCAUAAUUCUUUCAGAAAUUGGGGGCAAGAGUAGGCUAAAUAAAAGUUGGUUGAGGACACAUAAAUAAUUAAGUGAAAGGCUAUAUUGGCUAUUAAGUGGAAUAUUGUAGCAGCUGCACUGCUGAAACCAUCGCUCUUUUGUUUGUUUUUAUUAAAUAUAUUAUGCUUAAACAAAUAAAACCUAAGUGCAGAUUACAUUGAACGUCCAGGUAUCAUUAAAAAAUUUCGAGGAAACCAAUAGUGAAUCCAUUAAACAGGUUUUAUUCACCAAUGACGCAUUAUCUCUAGUAUCUGGCUUUCUAUAAUGAGCUUUUAUUGCCUUUAUUCUACUUUGUAAUGCCCUUUAUGUUGAGCAUCCACAUGUUUUACUGUAAUGCGAUAGUCAGCUUUUCUAUUUGAGUUCGUUCUUAGAUGCAUGUAUGUUUGUAAUUUGCUUAAGGACCUUGAACGCCUCCCUUCAAUUUUAAUAUUUAGAUAUUUUACAUGUUAUUUUCAUUAUCCUCCUUUGAAUAAAAAAUAUCAACUUUUUUGGGUACUUUCCCCAUGUGCGCAGAAACUGCAGGCUUAUACGCACUCAGCUCGUCUCCUCCUCCCCUCCUGCCCUCGCUGUUCUCGGUUGUCUGUUUUCUUGAAGUGGGUUCAGGGGAAGUGUUGAGGGGGCGGAUAGUUUUGAUUUUCUCUACAUCGUGCUUAGCCAAUAAUGUAGAGGGAACUGUUGUGCACAUCUCAGCUGGCAGACAUUUAAAAGGGAGACAGUCCGGCGCUGGAGCAAUUUGUAUUAAACCCCCUGGCCCCUGUCUAUGGAGUGGUUAGUCUCCCACCCAUCCAGAGUCCCACCAGUGUGCAGUCGACAGUAGUAGGUGUCUAUCACCUCGGAAGGUGCCACAGAAGACUGACAAGAUCAGAUCAUCGCACUUGAAGCUGUGGAGGCUCGCAGGAUGGCCAACUCGACGCGUAUCUUCUGCAGUAUGGUUUUCAUCAUUGGGUUGCUCUCCUCUCCCGUGGAUUCAAAAAGAAACCGAAGUUCACAAGGCGCCAUUCCUCAUCCUGACAAAAGCAACCCAAACGAAUCGGAGCAGCAACCGCAGCCUCCGCAGGCGGGCUCCGGGUCUCGGCAGAGGCAGGGCUCAUCCUCACCAGCCGACGAGGUGCUGGAGUCCAGCCAGGAAGCUUUACAUGUGACGGAGCGCCAGUAUUUGAAACGGGACUGGUGCAAGACGCAGCCCCUCAAACAGACCAUCCACGAGGAGGGCUGCCUCAGUCGCACCAUCAUCAACCGCUUCUGUUACGGACAGUGCAACUCCUUCUACAUCCCCAGGCACAUCCGCAGGGAGGAGGGUGCCUUCCAGUCCUGUUCGUUUUGCAAACCGAAGCGUUUUACCACUAUGACGUUUACUUUGAACUGUCCGGACCAGCAGCCACCCACAAAGAAGAAACGCAUCCAGCGCGUCAAACAGUGCCGCUGCAUAUCAAUAGACCUGGACUAGUCAAAAGACGAGCAUAAUGGGUUGUGAGUGUGUGUUUGUGUGUGUGUUUGUUUCUUCAUAUUCUUCUGCUUCAUCGACAGGAUUGUUGGGAGAAAAGAAGAAAGGCUGUCACACAGCCAAGAACACGUGCCUGUCUCCAGUAGGAGAUGUGCUUCACAUACGAUGACAUCUAGGCUUCCUACUAUGAAUCUCUCUUCUUGCACAAUGUGUGAACAAUUAUGGACAUGCAACUUAUAAACAGACGUUGAACUGCAUCGAACAUUUUACUCAUCACUAAUUUGCCAAUUUUGAAAACAAGCAUCACUGCACGGGAACGUUGACUUGGAAUGGGCACGUUUUACGCACGGCUUUCUCACCCCAAUAGGACAGCAUAAUCCCGGUUUAUUUAAUAAACCAGUAACUCACAAUUCAAAACACUCAUUGCGUGACAGGAGAACAUUCCUGUCCGACUUUGUAUUUUUUAUGUGUUUAUAUGUGUUUGUUAAACUGGAUGUUUCCACUGUGUGGAAUUUGGAUGGAUGAGUGGCGAUAUUUGUAAAUGGAAAAUGUGAUUUUAUUUCGACAUUUCAAGAAUCUUUCAAGGUUAACCUAAUUGAUUUCUGUGAAUUUCGAAGAUUUCUCUUUUUGUAAAUUGGGUGCCUACUCAAAUGUAGAGACACUAGGCUUCUUUGUUUAGUUAAAAAACGUGACAAUGUACAGCGGUGGUUUAGACACUAUCGAGAUGUAGAGCCGUAUUUGAUGUAACCGGUUUGUUUAUUCCUUGGAUUAAAUUAUCCACGAAAACAUAAAAUAAACGGAUGCUGGCA